CUUGAAGGCGGGACUCUUCCAAUUUCGUGCCGCCAAUUCCCAAUCUUUGAUAGAAGUAGGAACACCCAGGUACGCAGGCAGGAGAAGGAAUUCCUUGGUUCUUCAAUCUUGAGCCCAAAGACGACGCAAAACAACAAAAACGGAAGAAUGCAAAUUCGAGUGAAGUGCAACUGCGGUGAAGGGAAUUGCCCCGAAUGGGCAAUCUUAGAGUUGCAAGGCGCAGUAGAAGCUCAACCUUCCUUCCAAGACCGCCUCCAAAACCUCCAAAUCGGCAUCCUCUGCCGCCCUUCUUCUCAGGAGGUGUAUACUUUUACGGUUGGGUAUCAUGAAUUGACGGGAUCGAAAGUCUCGUUGAAGAAGCCACUGUUGGUUCUGAAGAAAACUAAACACUCCGACCCAGACCAUGAGAUCGGUGACUGUGAUUUUUCGUCUAGAGUGGAAUUAGAAGUUAUCGGCGUCAUUCGGCAUCGGAUAUUGUUCAAGACGAGGCCAAAGGCCAUCAUUUCCAAACCACAACCAGCAGUGAAGGAAAGAGUCGGCAUGCCCGGUUCAGUUGUCUCAAACCAAACAGCAUGAAAUCCUUUUGUGGUAAUUUGGAAACUUCAGGUGUUAAAAUGGUCCGGUGUUCUAUGAUUAGGAUUGCGCCCUGCGCUUUCGAUAAGAUUCAAUCGUUUAUCCAAAAAAACAGUGAGUGUUGGCUUAUCUCGUAUAUAAUUGCAAACAAAUUCUGAAUUAUGAUGCCGUAGCUAGGAGCCUGGAUUGCUACAUCUUAAAGCACGUAAUGGGCUGGAUUGAACAUGAGUAUAAACUACGGCCAAUAAAUGAUGAUGUAGUAUAUAUCCAAUCUAUUUAUUCUGUGCGUCGAGUGUUGAUGACAAAAGAAAACUAAGGUUUAGAUACUGUGUUGAGAUGAAAGAAAAUUAAAUAAAAUCUUGUUAAAAUAUUA